CAUUUUUCAGCUCUUUCCUAUCAGAUCCCGUUAUUCAAUCUCCUCCGUUGCCGGGAGACAAGCAAAAGAUGGACGGCUGGAGAUGAUUAAUUCACUGCACAAAAGGCAAUUUGAAUUUCAAAUCGGAUCCAUCUAUUUAUUAUAAAAUAAAAAAUUAAUAUUAUUAAUUUGAGAUGGAGCGAAGAGCGCCUUUUUUCCUCAAAACGCUCCUUUAUUCGGCUUAAUUAAUUAAAAAAAAAAAACCUGAAACAGGCGAAACCCUCCCUCAUUACUCGCCCCUCCUCCCGAAGAUUCAAAAGGCAGCCAAAAAAAUCUACACCCAUCUCCUUCCCUCCAAGAGAGAAUCGAAAAUUUUCCCAGGCUUGAUAAUUUUCCCGAGAAAAGUUUCCUGCAUCGCCGGCCGUCGACAUUCCACCCCCCUCCACCGCGGCUUCUCCGCCUGUGAUUUGUUCUGUUUUCCAGGUACCUGAGACGAUGUACUUCCUCCCUUUUUGUUGUUUCUGUUUUAACCUUAACGGAGGAAAAUGUGGAGAGCUAUGAACUGGGCUGAUAUCAGGUUUCCCUCCAAUUUUCUCUGUGUUGUUGCUUUUUCUGGCUGUUGUAUGGAUUAGGCUUAAGGGUGGAGCUCAAUUUAGAAACAAAUUGUAGCUUGAUUAUUUGGUAGGUUCUUUGUUCUACGUUAUGUAGGUUCGGAUUUGUGAGGGUAUUUUAUGAACUUGCCAUGUUUGAUGGUUAGCAGUUGGGCGGGUUUGAUUUUGUUCCCAUUUUUGGAGCUGUCCGGAUUGAAUUUGAUGUAAUUUCUGGUUAUGGGAAGGACUGGAACUAGCGAGCGUCAAUUAGGGCUGAGUUUCCUCUUUAACGAUCUCGAGAACUUGUUCCUAGCAUGGUGGGGUUUUGGCUACAGUUUCCGUGGCUGAAUUCAUCCAGGGUUAUAAGCUCUAGUUCUCUCUUCGAUAACAAUAGCUAUGGUGGAAUUGUGGUGACCGGGAGUUUUUUUUUUGGUGUAAGGUGGAUCAAAUAUGUUCUUAGUUGUAUAAGCUUUGCCAUAAUUUAUGACGAAUUUAGCCGUUUUUUUUUUCCGGACGAACUACCUAAAUUGGCUCCAUUGUGGAAAUCUCAUCCUGGUUUGUCAUAGCUCCAUGAAACUUGCUUCUACAGUUUAGCUGAUUUUCACCUUGCGUAAUUGGUCUGGAGGUUUAUGCUCAAUAUUUAUAUUGUCCUGUGAAAAAAUAGCCACAGUGCAUAGCUUGUUGCAUAUUUUUGGGUGAUAAUAUGCCUCAUAGGGGUAUAGAAGCUUAUUCUGUUAAUCACUCUGAUCAUCAUAAACUAAACAUGUCUAGUAUUUCGUUGCUUGGUUGUUGAUUGGCAGUUAUAGGUCCACAAAAUGUCAGUUGUCAAGAAUGGUCCGUUAGGUCAGGCUGAGACAACUUGUGGAUCCCUUUUAAACGAGUUGCAGAUCAUCUGGGAUGAAGUUGGCGAGUCUGAUACCGAUCGGGAUAAGAUGCUAUAUGAACUUGAGCAAGAAUGUCUCGAAGUAUACAGAAGAAAGGUGGAUAAGGCAAACCGGAAUAGAGCUCAGCUAAGACAGGCAAUUGCUGACUCCGAAGCUGAGCUUGCAGCAAUAUGUUCUUCAAUGGGAGAGCGACCAGUACACAUUAGGCAGGCUGAUCAAAGCACUGGAAGCCUGAAGGCAGAACUGGGAACAAUUCUCCCACAACUUGAGGAGAUGCGUAAGCGGAAGGUUGACAGAAGAAAUCAGUUUCUUCAAGUUCUUGAAGAGAUCCAGCACAUUUCAAAUGAAAUAAAUGAAAUAGCUGAUGGUGCUUCUGUAGAUGAAAGUGACUUGUCCCUGAGGAAGCUGGAAGAGUUGCACAGAAAGCUCCAUGCACUUCAAACUGAGAAGAAUGAUCGCUUGAAGCAGGUUCAGGAGGCUCUAGAUACCAUAAACUCAUUUUGUGUAGUGCUUGGUAUGGAGUUCGAGCAAACAGUUGCUGAGAUUCAUCCACAAUUCGGCAGUGCCGAUGUAUCAAAGAGAAUAAGUAACGAAUCCAUCAAAUGUUUAGCAACUGCAAUUCAUAGAUUGCGAGAGGUGAAAUUACAAAGAAUGCAGAAGCUUCAAGAUCUUGCGACUGCUAUGUUGGAGCUGUGGAACUUGAUGGAUACCCCUAUAGAAGAGCAGCAAGCAUUUCAGAAUGUAACAUGCAAUAUAGCUGCUGCAGAACAUGAGAUAACUGAACCAAACACCCUCUCUAUGGACUUCCUCAAUUUUGUUGCAGCAGAAGUCUCCCGAUUGGAAGAGUUGAAAGUUAGCAAGAUGAGGGAGCUAGUUCUGAAAAAGAGGGCAGAGCUGGAUGAAGUCUGUAAGAAGACACAUAUGGUCCCCGAAGCAAAUGUAGCAAUAGAUUGUGCAAUUGAAGCCAUAGAGUCUGGACAAGUAGACCCUGGAAGUCUCUUGGAGCAGAUUGAAUUUCAAGUGGCUAAUGUGAAGGAAGAAGCUUUUAGCAGGAAGGAAAUUCUUGACAAGGUUGAGAAAUGGAAAGCUGCAUGUGAGGAGGAAUCCUGGCUUGAAGAAUAUAAUAGGGAUGAUAAUAGAUACAAUGCUGGAAGAGGCACUCAUUUAAUUCUCAAGCGUGCUGAGAAAGCUCGUACUUUAGUCACGAAAAUUCCAGGCAUGGUGGAGGUUUUGGCUUCAAAAACAAUGGCAUGGGAAAAAGAGAGGAGCAUAGAAUUCUUAUAUGAUGGUAUUCGCCUUCUUUCCAUGCUCGAAGAGUACAGCAUACUAAAACAAGAGAAAGAGGAAGAAAAACGUAGGCAGCGGGAUCAAAAGAAGCUGCAGGGACAACUAAUAGCAGAACAAGAGGCUCUCUAUGGAUCAAAACCAAGUCCAUCCAAGAACCUAAGCAUGAAAAAGGGCUCGCGAGUUUCAACAGGAGGUGCAACCAAUCGAAGACUGUCCGUUGGAGGAGCAAUGCCACAAACUCCAAAACUCGACAAGACCCUCUCUAGCAGAACAUUGAAUUGCCGGUCUGCCAAGAAGAUCAACAACCACAAUGACUCCCUAAGUCAGUAUCACGAUGAUACGUUCUCUAACUUAUCUGCUGGUAGGAGAGGUCUGGAUAUAGCUGGUCUACCCAUGAAAGCUCAGUCAUUUGGCACUGCAAAUGGCCGAGAACCAGAUCCAGCAAUGCUGCUGCGCAAGCCAUUUUCGCCCAUCUCUACCACAAAAUCAUCCAAAGCUAAUUUGGUAGAAGAGGCAGCCAGAGCAGCUCAUGGAUGUGCAUUCAAGAAGAAUGACCAGUUGUUAAUGACUCCUUCAAAGACCACUACCACAACCACUGCUUACCUUGCUGAGGAAGAAAACAGAACUCCUAGGGUACUACCACUGUCUGCCAUGACACCCUCCACGGUGUCAGUACCGAUGCAAACAGCCAUGACUCCAGCAGCGCCAGUUCAUUUUGGUGGUUUCAAGUCAGUGGUUGAAGAGACGGUUGCUGAAGAAAUCGAGUACUCAUUUGAAGAGAGGAGAGCUGGGUUCGUUCUUCCUCACACGGCACAUGUGAAGUCACUGAUUCCAGUUUGAUUAAAAAUUAGGUUCCCUUUUAGGUAGUGAAGACUCGGCUUUAUCUGCCUUUAUAGACUUGCUUGGCGUGUGCAAGUUAAGAUUGUAACUGGUUUCGGGAUAGUGUAUACUAAUCCACAAGAAAUGUGGACGAGGACCAGACCCUGUGGUCUGUGGAAAUGCGAGUUUCCUUCAAUGCUAGUUGAAUCUGUUGUUAAAGAAGAGAAUUAAAAGUUAAAACAAUAU